AUGAGCUCCAGGCGGCGGCGGAGCUCCAGACCGACUCUGGGGGUGGUGCUGCAUCUGGUCUGCUCCUGUUUCGGCAUCAGCUCCAUCGAUCCCGACCGUCCCGGCGACGGCCGGUGCCAACCCAUCGAGAUCCCCAUGUGCAAAGACAUUGGGUACAACAUGACCCGCAUGCCCAACCUAAUGGGCCACGAGGACCAGCAGGACGCGGCCAUCCAACUGCACGAGUUCGCCCCCUUGGUGGAGUACGGCUGCCACGGCCACCUCAAAUUCUUCCUCUGCUCCCUCUACGCCCCCAUGUGCACCGAGCAGGUGUCCACGCCCAUCCCGGCCUGCCGGGUGAUGUGCGAGCAGGCCCGGCUCAAGUGCUCGCCCAUUAUGGAGCAGUUCAACUUCAGGUGGCCCGACUCCUUGGAUUGCAGCAAGCUGCCCAACAAAAACGACCCCAACUAUCUGUGCAUGGAAGCCCCCAGCAAUGGCUCCGAGGAACCGCCCCGGGGAUCCAGCAUGCUCCCUCCCAUGCUCUGGCCCCAGAGGCCCCACAGCGCGGGUCACGACCUGACCCAGCAGAAGGACGGGCUGGGCCGGCUCUCCUGCGAGAAUCCCGGGAAGUUCCACCACGUGGAGAAGAGCGGUUCCUGCGCUCCUCUCUGCGCCUCCGGGGUGGACGUCUACUGGAGCUGGGAGGACAAGCAGUUUGCGGUCAUCUGGAUGGCCGUCUGGUCCAUCCUCUGCUUCUUCUCCAGCGCCUUCACCGUCCUGACCUUCCUGAUCGACCCCCAGCGCUUCAAGUACCCGGAGAGGCCCAUCAUCUUCCUCUCCAUGUGCUACUGCGUCUACUCCGUGGGCUACAUCGUCCGCCUCUUUUCCGGGGCGGAAAACGUCGCCUGCAACCGAGACAGUGGCCAACUCUACGUCAUUCAAGAAGGUCUGGAGAGCACGGGGUGUACCUUGGUCUUCCUGGUCCUCUACUACUUCGGCAUGGCCAGCUCCUUGUGGUGGGUGAUCCUGACUCUGACUUGGUUCCUGGCCGCGGGGAAGAAAUGGGGCCACGAGGCCAUUGAAGCCAACAGCAGCUACUUCCACUUGGUGGCCUGGGCCAUCCCUGCGGUUAAGACUAUUAUGAUCCUAGUCAUGCGCCGGGUUGCAGGCGAUGAGUUGACGGGCUUGUGUUAUGUGGGCAGCAUGGACGUCAAUGCGCUGACCGGCUUCGUGCUGGUCCCUCUGGCUUGCUAUCUCGUUCUGGGGACCUCCUUCAUCCUUUCAGGCUUUGUGGCCCUCUUCCACAUCAGGAGGGUGAUGAAAACCGGCGGGGAAAACACCGACAAACUGGAGAAGCUCAUGGUGAGAAUCGGUGUCUUCUCCGUCUUGUAUACCGUGCCGGCCACCUGUGUCAUCGCUUGCUACUUUUACGAAAGGUUGAACAUGGAUUACUGGAAGAUUUUGGCCACCCAGCAAAAAUGCAAGGUCAACACUCACACCAAGCACCUGGACUGCACCAUGAGCGACUCUGUUCCAGCCGUGGAGAUCUUUAUGGUUAAGAUCUUUAUGUUGCUGGUGGUGGGCAUCACCAGCGGGGUCUGGAUUUGGACAUCCAAAACUCUGCAAUCCUGGCAAGGGGUUUGUAGCCGGAGGAUCAAGAACAGGACUCGGAGGAAAUCCGCCAGCAUGGGGGCGAGUGGGGGUCUUUACAAAAAGUCCCAGCCCUUGCCCAAAGUUCAUCAUGCAAAGUACGAGCCGGCUUUGCAACCUCCAACCUGUGUGUGA